UAUUGUUUCUCAAAAAAAGUCAUUUAGACAUGACAAUUAGAACAUUUUACAUUUAGAUUUUAAUAUUAAGAAUUUUACAUAAAACCGGAGUACAAAUGGCAGAACAAAACCAAAACGUUGAACAAGAAGAAGAAGUGGAAGCUUACUGUUCCGAUAGCGUCGACGAUGUUCCUAUAGAAAUUGGGGAAAAGAGAUCUUCACUAGAUGAGCAUAUACUAAGACUAACCAGCGACAUAAUGGAAGAAAAAACUUUCACCUUGGAACAAGCCUCUUUCCAGGGUAAAGGCAAUUUUCAAGACAGAGUCGACAUAAUCAUUUCUCAAAUGAGAGAAAUAUCACAAUUCAUAAAUUUAAAAUGUGGGAUGAUAGAUAAGAUGAAUAUUUUGAUGUGCAUCUUAACAUUCAAAAUAUUCGACAUCCAGCACAAAUUCAACGUCAAACUCGAUUUGCUGAAAGCUCAAAGGGAGAAUAUUAUUCUGAGUAAAGAUGAUGAAAAUAUGAUACCAAUCGAUCUCUUGGAGUUAGACAGGGAGAUGAGAGAACUGCAAUAUCGUCAUCAUGAGAGGUCUAGGGGUUACAAGCAACAAAAAAUCGAAAUGCAAAUUGAAUAUGAAAAAAUAAAUGGAACCUUAGAUCAACAUCUAGAUAUACUAAAAGGUCACCUCAAAAUGUUGAAGGACGAACAUGAAAAUUUUCUCGCCGACACGAAAAGAGCUGAACCCCUUCUGAUAGAUUACAUAAUACAAUCUGCGGUAGAAGAAUUUUCCGUUGUUAUCGAACAAUUUGAAGGAAAGCAGAUAAAGGGUUGGAAGUCCCUUGAGGGUGAUGAGGAAAUGUUAGAUAAUUUACAAUCUAGAGGACUAGCAGUUUCCAAGUCUGGCUAUAUACUCACGGAAGGCGGGGAAAGACUGAGUUACGACGAGGCUGAAAAAAGACAAUUGCUGGAGGGUUUAGAUUUUCGGAGUAGAAUUUUCAGUCCAGCAGAACAACAAGCUAAUGAGGAUAUUGUCGGUACUCCCUCAUCAGUUCAGACCAUUGAAGAAACAGAAAAAGAAAGUCUAGGUAGUCAAAUAUCAUCGGAAGACGUAUCAUACCUCAAAGAUACGCUUGGAAAACCGUUGACUUUAGCAAUAGCAGAGAUAACCGCGAAGCAACCAAGAGACCCGAUACAUUAUUUGGGACACUGGUUAUUCAAAUACCGUUACAACCAAGAGUUAGACGUCACUCAGAAGCAGGAAUACGAAGCGCUAAUGCUCGAAAGAAACAGAUUGCUGAAAGAGAAACUGCAACGAUUGUACGAAGAAGAAGCAAAAUUGGUAAUUUUCGAAAUGAUCAAUAACGCAGAAAACGAGGCUAUCAGAAAAGAACUCGAGAGGAUUUUGAGGGAGCAGGUGAUGGGCGGCGAGGAUGAAGAAAACGAUCAGGCGACCAAAGAAUAUGAAGAACUGAAGAAACUACUGAAAAUGAUACAGAAAACUUCUGAAAAUCGUUAGGAAUUUCACGAGUAAAAUUUUACGUAAUUGUACUCAGGUGGCUUUAUUUGACAGUUUAUUAUAGCAAUUCAAAAGA